AGACGGCAGCCAUAUUUGUAUGUCUUCACGACGAGUUCAAGUUGGAAAUAUGUCAGAAGGAAAUGUGUAAUGAAUCCAAUGUCUGAGCUAAGUUAUCAGGCAAUCCGCACGGCUAAUCAAGCCAGAGAAGCGGAUGAACUGAGAACUGACACGAGGAAGAAGAACUUACUUAUCCUAGUUCUGAAUUAUAUGCAUGAAGAAGGAUAUGUAGAUUCUGCACAGAGUCUGGCUCGAGAAACCAACAUUGACCUCAGUAAAUAUGAAGUGUGUGACAAUAUUGACCUGGAAACCAUCCUCAUGGAAUAUGAAUCUUACUACUAUGUCAAAUUUUCCAAAUAUCCCAAAAUUACCAAGAAACUAGGGCCACAGAGUGCUGGAGACAGAAGGGGUGGUUCCCACAAGGUCGCCACAAGGACAAAUAGUUUGACACGACGAGUGAAGUCGGGUUCUCAGUCUGCCCAUCAACUUAACGGCAAAAACUCAGCUUCCACAACUCCAUCUCUACCCAGAAUUCCACAGAAUGGUAGAGCCAGUCCCCCUCCCCCAGUGUCAGGGGGUAGGCCAAAAUCAGGGGUUCAGCCUGGAGGGAGACAAGGGAGAGCCACGCAGUCCUCAACCAGACGACAAAAUGGAAUGCCAGAAAAGAACGAGAAAAUGUUGUGCCGAGUGGUUGUGUCAGAUAACGAAAUAAAGUUUAAGGGCAAUAACUUGAAGAGUUAUAGGGACAUGAUGAAAAUGAAUGGUGUGACUAAUGGAAUUGACCCGGGUCUAGCCUUACAAGGACUGACAGUCCAGGGCAGCAAUAACCAUGACAACAAACCAGUGGAGGAACCAGCACAAAAGAGGGGCAAACCUGGACAGAUAAUAGACAUUAGAUCCAUGAUUAAUGAAGCCACAAAGCUGAAUGCUGAGGAGGGGAUGGAUGGCCAGGACCGUCUUCUAAAGCCUCUUGGUGGAUAUGUGGGUUACAAUAGCGAAUGGAGGGAAUUAGCUCAAGUUAUUAGUAGAGAUAUUUACUCAGAAAAUCCCGAUGUAAAAUGGGAUGAUAUUAUCGGUUUAGAAGAGGCCAAAAGACUAUCAAAGGAAGCAGUAGUCUAUCCAAUUAAGUAUCCCCAGUUAUUUAAAGGAAUCCUGUCACCAUGGAAGGGGCUGCUGCUGUAUGGUCCUCCUGGUACAGGGAAAACCCUUCUAGCCAAAGCAAUAGCCACUGAGUGUAACACAACCUUCUUCAAUAUAUCAGCCUCUAGUAUAGUCAGCAAGUGGAGAGGAGACUCCGAAAAACUAGUCAGGGUGCUAUUUGAAAUGGCUAGGUUCUAUGCUCCAUCUACCAUAUUCUUGGAUGAGCUAGAAGCCAUAAUGAGUCAAAGGGGAUCGCAAGGGGGGAGCGGGGAACAUGAAGGAAGUAGAAGAAUGAAAACUGAACUAUUGGUGCAAAUGGAUGGUCUAUCCAAAACUGACGACUUAGUCUUUCUUUUAGCAGCUUCCAAUUUACCAUGGGAGCUGGAUCAAGCAAUGCUUCGUCGGUUGGAAAAAAGAAUCAUUGUUGAUCUUCCAACCUAUGAAGCCAGAAAAGCCAUGUUUAAACAUCACCUUCCUAAUGUAGUGGUGCCAAAGGAAGGGGGACUGGAACUAUUGAGCAAUUUGGAUUACGAACUUCUAGCAACAAAGACAGAAGGUUAUUCGGGUUCAGACCUACGGUUGGUUUGUAAGGAGGCAGCCAUGAGACCAGUCAGAAAAAUAUUUGAUGCCUUAGAAAAAAAUGAUCACCAUGGUGACCUACAUAUCAGACUUGACACAAUUACAUCAACGGAUGUCUUGCGAGCAAUUGACAGAACGAAACCAUCGGCUGGCAAGAUGAAAGAACGGUAUGCAGCAUGGCAGCGGGAGUAUGAAUCAGUAUAAACUGUGCGUCUGUGGACCUCUUUACCAGAUGACAUUGGUUGACUGAGAGAGUAAAUGUAGGCAUCAGAGAGGAUUGAUUUUCUUCCGUCCAAAAUGAUUAUUCGAUUGAAAAAAUCAAGAGGCGUCUAUACCCGGUACAGAUGCGACAUUGACUGUGAUAGCAGUAACAUACGUCUAUUUUUCUACAAAGCACUUUUAUUUAUAUUUUCUUAUGUUGCAUGCAUGGUUAUGUAUCAUGAACUGCCAUUAGGACUGCGAGUGUAAUGGUGGAAAUUUUCAAUAUAUUGAAGUUUGUAUCUCCUGUACUUUCUAGUCAUAUAUAUACAUGUAUUCAUACAUCACAGACUCCAGACCAACUGUAGAAGUCAGCCAACUACACACUCAGAUGUCUUAGUCGAUUCCACGUACAUGUAAUAUGAAAGUCGUACACUUGCAUAAAAUGUAAGUGGUUCAAUCUGAAGAUUUCUCAUAAAAGUUUGUAAAAAUAACAUCAUGCUUCCUUCAGACUUGAACUUUUGACUAUCAUGUCUUGACUGGUACAUUAUUGUGCUUUCAAGAGUGUUCUCUCCAUAAACAGGAGGAUAAUUAUGUACCAGUAUUUCAUUUUGUGCCUUGUACUUGAAAAGGUUUUUCUAUAAAGCCUGUAUCAUAGCACAUAAAGCUCCAGUGAGCUUUUGACUUCAGGACAUAAAUUAUUAGCUAUCAGAAAAAGGCAACAUUGUAGUGUUACUAUUUUUAUGUGUUUGUCUGUUCCAUGUUCCAUAUUUAUUGUUCCAUGCCAUUGUGAAAGGCAUGCCUGGUGAUCACAGAUAUUUAAGUGUGUUGACAUGUUGUGUUCCAAUACAAUCAUCAGUAUACACACCAAUUAGUGUUUCCAGUAUUAUAGUAGACUUGCCCAAAAUGAAUUGUACCUGUGUGCUAUUGUUUUCUGUGUUGUGGAGGUUGGUUAUUAUAAUGCACAGUAUACUUGCGUUUGUUGCUGUAACAAUUAAUAGUUGAUAAUGUCAUUGUUGGACAUACAUGCACGGUUGAAGCAGUAUCUCUACCAGUUUAGUUUGCAUCCAACCACAGGAAUACACGCAUAAUUGUAGUUUUUGAUUCUCAUUCCAAUUUAGUUGCAGGAUUUGGUUAGAUAUGGCAGAAAAAUGAUCUCAGUGACCCGAGACUAAACAUGACAAGUUAUUUACAGGAUCCAAGUGCAAUGUUGUACCUGUGAUCAGUAUGUGGUUACACCUGUGAUCAGUACGUGACACCUGUGAUCAGUACGUGGUUACACCUGUGAUCAGUACGUGGUUACACCUGUGAUCAGUACGUGGUUACACCUGUGAUCGGUUUGUGGUUACAAUGUCCUCUCUGUGAUAGUUUUCUUCACUGCUCCACACAGACGCUUACAGUGGACUCUCACAACUUUUGCGUAGAAUUUUAUUUUGCACCUGUACCAACCGCAAUGUUGUCGAAAAGUCAACAAAAAUUUAUACUUUGAAAUUUGUACUUACUUUGCUUAGUACUUGCAUGUAAUUUAGCCACAAAUAAUGCAAGCCAUUGCACAUAGUUAAGCCACAAAACAAAAACCAAUAUUCGAGGCAUUAUAAUUUAUUGUAUAUCAGAAGUGCUCAGACAUUAAUGUACUGUUAACUACACAUAGUAUUGUAAUUUAUGACUUUGUAUGCAAUGUAUCGAUGGAUACAUCUAUUAAAGAAUGUUUUAUACAAUAUAAAAUGAUUGAAUUUUUCUUUUAUAAAUGAAAUAAAUGUACCUCUUACGAAUUCA